CCGUCCGUGCCUUGGCAGUGCUGCGGCGGCGGCGCUGAGCCCGUCCGUCCGUCCGUCCGGCCCCGACCCCGGGCCUGAGGCCCCGACCGCCGAGGGAGGCUAAGAGCAGGGAUUGCUGAAGAGAGAGGAAAAGUGGAAAAUGGGGAUGGAAAAAUAUGGAUGAUGAAAUCUAGAUCAAGUCUUUUUUAUAGAGCUUGACAGCUGGAGGCAGGUCCUUGGAAAACCACGUGACAGUGCAUCAUGAGUGACAGUAAAUGUGAUAGUCAGUUUUACAGUGUGCAAGUGGCGGAUUCAACCUUCACGGUGUUAAAACGCUACCAGCAAUUGAAGCCAAUAGGAUCAGGAGCACAGGGCAUUGUUUGUGCUGCAUUUGAUACCGUCCUUGGAAUCAAUGUGGCGGUAAAGAAACUGAGUCGUCCCUUUCAGAAUCAAACUCAUGCCAAGCGAGCUUAUCGAGAACUUGUUCUGUUAAAAUGUGUCAAUCAUAAAAAUAUAAUUAGUUUGUUGAAUGUGUUUACACCACAAAAAUCUCUAGAAGAAUUUCAAGAUGUGUAUUUGGUUAUGGAAUUGAUGGAUGCUAACUUGUGCCAGGUUAUUCAUAUGGAAUUGGACCAUGAAAGAAUGUCUUACCUUCUUUAUCAGAUGCUUUGUGGAAUUAAACAUCUCCAUUCAGCCGGGAUCAUCCACAGAGAUUUAAAACCCAGCAACAUAGUAGUAAAAUCAGACUGCACUCUCAAGAUCCUUGAUUUUGGCCUGGCCAGGACAGCAUGUACGAAUUUUAUGAUGACUCCAUAUGUAGUAACGAGAUAUUACCGAGCACCAGAAGUUAUCCUUGGAAUGGGCUACAAAGAAAACGUUGAUAUCUGGUCAGUGGGGUGCAUCAUGGGAGAACUGGUGAAAGGUUGUGUGAUAUUCCAAGGCACUGAUCAUAUUGAUCAGUGGAAUAAAGUUAUUGAACAAUUAGGGACACCAUCAACCGACUUCAUGAAGAAGCUACAGCCUACUGUGAGGAAUUAUGUAGAAAACAGACCCAAAUAUCCUGGUAUCAAAUUUGAAGAGCUUUUCCCAGAUUGGAUAUUCCCAUCAGAAUCGGAAAGAGACAAAUUGAAAACCAGUCAAGCUAGAGAUUUGUUAUCCAAAAUGUUAGUAAUAGAUCCCGACAAGCGAAUCUCUGUAGAUGAAGCCUUACGGCAUCCAUAUAUAACGGUCUGGUAUGAUCCUGCUGAAGCAGAAGCACCACCACCUCAAAUCUAUGAUGCCCAGUUGGAGGAAAGAGAGCAUGCUAUUGAAGAAUGGAAAGAAUUAAUAUACAAAGAAGUAAUGGACUGGGAAGAAAGAAGCAAGAAUGGUGUGUUAAAAGAUCAAUCUUCAGAUGCAGCAGUGAAUAGCAACACCACCCCGUCCCAGUCAUCCUCUAUCAAUGACAUUUCGUCCAUGUCAACAGAGCAGACAUUGGCAUCCGACACGGACAGCAGCCUCGACGCCUUGACAGGACCCCUGGAAGGUUGUCGAUGAUCCGUUAGACAUUGCAGACUUAAAGUUAGAAAAAGGACUCUUGCUUCCUUUGGGCCUGAAUCGCUUGUAAGUUAAUGGAAACCGAGUAGAGAAACUCUGUGUCCUGCAUGUCCUAGUAACGCAAUGCCUAUGCUCUUACUCAGUCGUAAUACGAUUGCCCGCUUAAUGUUGUAGAAUGAAAGCAAAGUCUAAAAAAAAAAAAAAAAAACCACAGCAACAAAGACCUGUCGCGAACCCUUUCAUUUGAGCUUAUUUCAGGUGAGCAGUUCCAGUAGAUGACAAAGUAACCGGUCCCGGAGACCACAGUAGCCAGCAUGGGGGGUUUCUGUCUGGCCAACCUCUGAAUCAUCCACAUCUGAGUCCAGAAGUUUGCGGUGUUUUACUUGGUAGGUUCACUUUCCCGGAUUCUCCUCUUUAGGGAUUCAGAGAUCAUGUGUCUUUCCAGAUUGUGCUUUGAGAAACUUUGCAAGCCACAUAAAUACAAGCAUCCAUUAGAGCAUGCUUCACCGAAUGUAUUUGGCUCUUGGGCUUCGGAAAUAUUUAAAUUUGUUUUGAUGCACGACUCAAUUUUGUCUUUAUGGGGCUCUCCAAUAUUUUGGCUGAGGGUAAAAUAUCUUAAUACAUACAUACGUAUAACUUGUAUGUUCUUCAUUAUCAAACCAAAGCAUUUGCAGAGGCCCUACUUUAGAUCCUCUUCUAAAUUCUUUUAGUUCUUGGAUGACUCAGAAUUGGAGAGGUAACAUGCUAAAAACGAAUUCUGCUACCCACAAUCUCAUCUGUGUCCCAUUUAUCAAAAUUCUGCCUCGAUUUCCAUACUUUGUCCAGUUUUUAUUAGUUCUCACACUUAAAACCAGCAGCCCUCUUUGAAAACUGUUGUUCAUCAAAGUAUCCUGGGACUUGACAGGUUAAUCAGUUGACGUAUUUCUAACAGUGGGACCUGAUAUAGAGAUUUUUAUAUCCACCUAUCACUGCCAAUGCCGGAAAUCCAUUUACAAAUAUCUUAUUUUUCCGGUAAAGCUGGACAGACUUUUUUUCCCAUCUGAAAUUAGUGGUGAACUCAAAUGAAAUUCUAGAUUAUUAGUCCAGGUUCAUCCUAUUUCUUGAGUUGCAGACUGUGGUGACCAGAUUAAAUACCAGUCUGUUUUUUUA